CAACACACUUACGGCGCCGCCGCAACAGUUUCUGGGAGGAGAAUGAUUUCGAUGAGGGCUGCAAUUCAAUCCCAGGAACGUUGCAAUGCCUUGUUUCACUGAUGAGGUUUGGGUAUAGGCACCGUGUGAGUGUCAUUGGUAAUCGCAACGGAGGAGGAUACGAUUCGUUAAUAAUAAACUUUAUCGGGGAAGAACGAAGGACAUUAUUUAUCAUCCAGUCUAUUAGCUAGCUGAAGAUUUCGGCUUGAUGUUUACUGGAGAGAGAGUGGAAGUGGACAUCAUGGGCACGACAUUAACAUCCAACGUGUUGAAGUAAAGUGGACCCACCAGACUGUAAAACCCGUCCCCAGCCAUGGCAGGCUUCAAGCGAGGGUAUGAUGGCAAGAUUGCAGGGCUCUAUGACCUGGACAAGACGCUGGGCCGGGGCCACUUCGCCGUGGUCAAACUGGCGCGCCACGUCUUCACGGGGGAGAAGGUGGCGGUCAAGGUCAUCGACAAGACCAAGUUGGACACGGUUGCCACGGGUCACCUGUUCCAGGAAGUGCGUUGUAUGAAGCUGGUGCAGCACCCCAACAUUGUCCGGCUCUACGAGGUCAUCGACACGCAGACCAAGCUCUACCUGAUCCUGGAGCUGGGUGACGGUGGAGACAUGUUCGAUUACAUCAUGAAGCACGAGGAGGGUCUCAGCGAGGAGCUGGCCAAGAAGUACUUUGCCCAGAUCGUCCAUGCCAUCUCGUACUGCCACCGGCUGCAUGUGGUGCACCGUGACCUCAAGCCGGAGAACGUGGUGUUCUUUGAGAAGCAGGGAGUGGUGAAGCUCACUGACUUUGGCUUCAGCAACAAGUUUCAGCCCGGGAAGAAGCUCACCACCAGCUGUGGCUCGCUGGCCUACUCUGCCCCAGAGAUCCUGCUGGGAGAUGAGUACGAUGCUCCGGCCGUAGCUCCCCUUGUGUACCAAGACGGGACAGUACAUCCCUGGAUGAGAGAAGGACAUGAGGAAGAUAUCUGGAGUCUUGGUGUGAUCCUGUUCAUGCUGGUGUGUGGACAGCCCCCCUUCCAGGAGGCCAACGACAGCGAGACCCUCACCAUGAUCAUGGACUGUAAAUACACUGUACCCACCCACGUCUCCAACGCCUGCAAAGAUCUGGUAGGCCGGAUGCUGCAGCGGGACCCAAAGGGCCGUGCGUCUCUGGAGGAGAUAGAGAGCCAUGCCUGGCUGCAGGGGGUGGACCCGUCCCCAGCCACCAAGUUCAACACCCCCCUGGUGUCUCAUAAGAGCCUGUCUGAGGAUGAGCACAACGGGAUCAUACAGCGCAUGGUGCUGGGGGACAUCGCAGACCGAGAGCCCAUAGUAGAAGCCCUGGAGACCAACAAGUACAACCACAUCACUGCCACCUACUUCCUGCUGGCUGAGAGGAUCCUGAGAGAGAAACAGGAGAAGGAGGUCCAGACACGCUCCUCCAGCCCCAGCAACAUCAAGGCCCAGUUCAGGCAGUCCUGGCCGACGAAGAUUGACAUGCAUCAGGACAUCGAGGACAGUCUGGCAGCCUCCUCCAUCUGCCACCCUGGUGGUCCCCAGUCCCCCGCCCGCAGCGCUGAGAACCUUCUCAACGGACACCGCACCAAAGGCCUGCUGGAGCUCCGCAGGGACGAGAGCAACGCAGGGGCCUCCGGUGCCCCUGCCCCCGUUUCUGGGCCCCCUAGAGCUGGGGCCACGGCCCCCACUCCCUCCACUUCCUCAGCCAAGCAGCGCAGCUGCCUGUUCAGGGUGGAGGAGGAUGAAGAGGAGGAAGAGGACCCGUCCCCUCUGUCCACCCAAGUGAUCCUGCGUCGCAGGGCUCCAUCCAUCACCAACCGGCUGACUUCCAGGAAGAGCGCCCCGCUCCUCAACCAGAUCUUUGAGGAGGAGGGUGAGUCGGACGACGACUUCCAUAUGGACGAGGGGCUGCCGCCCAAACUCAGCCGGCUAAAGAUGAACAUCGCAGCGGCCGGGUCGCCGGGCACCACUCAGAAACGCUAUCACCGCCGCAAGAGCCAAGGCCGCGGCUCGUCCUGCUCCAGCUCCGAGACCAGCGACGACGACUCGGAGAGCCACCGCCGGCGUCUGGACAAGGACACAGGUUUCACCUACAGCUGGAACCGCAGGGACAGCAGUGAGGGCCCACCUGGGAACUCAGGGGGAAAUGGUGGCGGGAGCAGUGGAGGGCAGAGUAAACCCCCCGGGGAGGGGGGCAGCUCAGGUCCAGACAGGGGCAGUCCUCCUGGAGGGGGAGGUGGGGGGAGUAGUGACAAUGGAGGGAGUGGUAGUAGUGGGGGAGGAGGUGGUAAUGGACAGGGUUCCCCCUCAAGUUGUUCUAACGGCAGCAGUAACCACUCGUCUUCAGGGUCCACGCGGAGACACUGUGCCUCCCGCAGCCCCGGGGCUGCAGAGCUGGUGGAGAGCCUGAAGCUCCUGAGCCUGUGUCUCAGCUCCCAGUUACAGCACAGGGGGAGAAGUGGAGGCCCCGGCCUGGCAGGGGGGAUGGGCCAGUUCAUCAUACACCCUCAGAACCUGUCAAGCAGCCUGUCAGCUGGCAGCGUCAAGACACAGGAGAGGUCCUCUUGGAAGAUGUGCAUCGGCUCCAACGGCAGCUUGGACCUGGAGUUAGACACCAUCGCUCUGCCCACCACCGCUGUCAACACUCCAAGGGCAUACACAGACCAAACGGCAGCAGCACUUAGCGAACUGGCCCUGGCCACCAAGGAGAAUAACAAGCUGAACAACCUGAAAAAGAAUGUUCUCCAGCUACCUCUGUGUGAAAAGACCAUCUCUGUGAACAUCCAGCGCAGCCCUAGAGAAGGGCUCCUGUGCACCUCUCAGGCCAGCUGCUGCCAGGUCAUAUGACACACACCCCCUGGCACCCUCUGACACCACUCUGCCAGUCCAAUCUGUCCAACCACAGUCACCGCUGUAGCAUACGUCUGACCUCAGAACACCUCACCAUCAAAACCUGCCUUCUGCUGUUAUCUUAAAAGAUGACACUUUUAGUUUGUUCACUAGGACCUAUGAGCUGCAUGCUGCAGGGGAUUCUUUUGUUUUGUUUCUGCUACUAUCACUAGCUCCCCCUGGAAUGAGCCGAGGUAACAGAACUUAACUAAGUUCUGAGGUGAGUUGGGGUGUUGAUGUAAACAUAAAUAUGGAUGUGGGUUUGAUUUUAGAUUAACUAUAUUUUGGGGUACAAAAUACCAAACUUGUAACAGUGGGUAAGUAGUAGCACGUGAUAGUUAAAGGGUAAGCACUUAAAUUAGAUUAUUGGUCUAUUGUUCAAUUCAAGUCCUGAUGUUGAUGCCCACUAGCAGUGGAAUGUAAAGGGUAUGCUGGGAGAGGUAGAGGAGAACAGAUACCAGUCACCAUACAGCUGGGAGAGGUAGAGGAGGACAGAGAUACCAGUCACCAUACAGCUGGGAGAGGUAGAGGAGGACAGAUACCAGUCACCAUACAGCUGGGAGAGGUAGAGGAGAACAG